AUGGCAAAGGACUACAUUGACCCGAAUGCGCUCGCCGCUACCGACUCCGCUGCGGUGUUUGUGAACGAGAACUCAGUAGACGACCAAGACACCAAGAGAUCCAGUAGCAUAAAUAGUCACGAGGAUCCGCUUGAGGUCAUUUUCGAAGGCGGCAGCAUACACCGCCGCAAAGCCUCACUCGCGCCUCCCUUACAACCAUUGGGCAAGAUGAGCGCACGCCCCAGCAACCACCGCCGCGACACAUCCUGCAUAGUGCACGCACUACUCGCGAAGCACGAUGGUGUUCCCGCAGAGCACCUUUCUGCGUCUUAUGAAGGCCUCGCACAAGAGCGUCUCAUGGACAAAGACCCGCACUCGCAGGCUGAAGAGACACAACACUCUCGACUGUUGACUAAAAAGCAAAUCUCAGAUAUGGCAUUUGGAAUCAGAGAGCUGUCCAAGAAACUGGCGCAGAUCCGGUUGAAGCUGCACGUCAAGAAUAUCUUCGUUUUGGGAAAGGCGCACGACGAAAGCCUCAUCAAAAACACGCGGGAGACCGCCGAUUGGCUUCUAAUGAAAGAUCCUGGAUACAAUGUGUAUGUUGAGCAUACACUGGAGGACAACAAGAUCUUUGACGCCAAAGGCUUACUCGCGAAGAGCCCAUCUAAUGAGGGGAGACUGAGGUUCUGGACGGAUGAGCUGUGCGAACAGAAGCCGCAGACCUUCGAUAUCGUGCUCGCGCUUGGUGGCGAUGGCACAGUGCUCUACUCAUCAUGGCUAUUCCAGCGUGUAGUGCCGCCCGUUCUAGCAUUUUCCCUCGGAUCACUCGGUUUCCUCACCAAGUUCGACUAUGAUCUCUAUCCACAGACCCUGUCCCGUGCUUUCGAGGAAGGAAUAACUGUCAACCUUCGUCUACGCUUCGAAGCGACCGUCAUGCGAUCACAAACCCGCGAUGGUGAAGGCCAAUCUGAUCUGGUAGAACAGCUGAUUGGAGAAGAGGCCGAAGAUCAUCACACACAUCGUCCAGAUGGGACAUACAACAUCCUGAACGAAGUGGUAGUAGAUCGCGGUCCGAACCCAACGAUGUCGUCGAUUGAGCUCUUCGGCGACGACGAGCACUUUACGACUGUGCAGGCCGAUGGUAUAUGUGUCUCAACGCCGACUGGCUCUACAGCAUACAACCUCGCUGCAGGGGGCUCCCUUUGCCACCCGGAUAAUCCCGUCAUCUUAGUCACGGCUAUCUGCGCCCAUACCCUUUCCUUCAGGCCCAUUAUUCUGCCAGACACCAUAGUACUGCGCUGUGGGGUUCCAUACGAUGCACGAUCAAGCUCUUGGGCCAGUUUCGAUGGGAGAGAAAGGGUCGAGCUGAAGCCGGGCGAUUAUGUUACAAUCAGCGCAAGCAGAUUCCCAUUUCCAUGUGUACUACCCACGAAUAGGAGGAAAACGGACUGGAUCAACAGUAUCUCGCGGACGUUGCAAUGGAAUAGUCGAGAUAAACCCAAAGCGUUUAAAGAGUGGAAAGAGUAG